AAAUGCGCCGAACACUCGAACACUUCGUCAGACGUGUCGUCCGUGUCCGCACUGUCCGCGCACACGCUAUCCGCACCAACGACUAUAGUACGCUAUCCCGGUGAACCCGUAGACACCGCCGAAUCCACCGAAAUCUAAAAUGGUUCAACUCAUCACCGAGGCCGCCGAUUUGGCAACUAAAUUGACCGAUGCCAAGGAAAAAUUAGUCAUCAUCGACUUUUUCGCCAAAUGGUGUGGUCCAUGCAAAUUAAUGGCUCCAUUCAUUGAAGAACUCGCCAACGAGUACCCUGAUGUAGUUAUGCUGAAAGUUGAUGUUGAUGAAUGUGAAGAUGCUGCUAUUGAGUUUAACAUCCAAUCUAUGCCCACAUUUGUCUUCCUAAAAUCAAAAAAAGAGAUUUUUCGGUUUUCUGGUGCUAACAAAGAUAAAUUAAAGGAGAAUUUAUUGAAACAUAAAUAAUAAUAUCAAAAUUGGCUUCAACCAUAGUGUCUUAAUGGACCUGCAUAUAUUCAAUGAAUUUUUUAUUACAAUGAAACAAAAAUAGAUUUUAUACUGUCAUUCAUUAUUGUAUUUGGUUAAAAUCUCGGUUAAAAUUAUUACCUACAAAAAAAGUAUUAAUAUAUUUUUUUUAUAAAAAACUAUACAAUAUUCAUAAUGUUAUAAUUUAUUAAUAACCAAGCUAUGCAAUGAAACUGAAAUGAAAUGUAUACUUACACGUUACGUACUUACUUAGAAAUAAAAUAAAAUGUACAUUGAAAUUGCUACCAACUAAA